GACAAUUUUCCGUACCGGGAAGUCGGUCGCCCCGCUUCCGAGGUCAAGCUCGGGGUAAUAACUGAUAGGCGGAUUUUCCGUGAGAUAAAUCGACACCGAGGCUGUCAUAGUGGCAUGUUCGAUGCUAAGGAAACGUGAUAUAUGAUGGGAUGCUCCGUCGGAUACUUAGGGGCACGCUCUGAACGAGCUUCCCAAGUACUGGCUUGCCCGCCUCGUGAGCCAUUUCAGAAACCAGCCGCAGUCGGGAUACUUGGAUAGCACGACCGCAUGAUGAAGGCAGUUUUCACGAUCGGUCUGGGUCUGCUUUCCGCAGCACAGGCUCUCCCUUCAGCAAGAGCACCAGGGUCGGCCACCGUCAACGGGACCCGCUUCUCCAUCGACGGCAAGACCGGCUACUUCGCGGGCACCAACUCCUACUGGAUCGGCUUCCUGGCCAACAACAGGGAUGUCGACACCGUUAUGAGCCACAUCUCGUCCUCCGGGCUCAAGAUCCUGCGCGUCUGGGGUUUCAAUGAUGUGAACGCCCGGCCUGGCUCCGGCAUGGUGUGGUACCAGCUGCUCUCGUCGUCGGGCUCACAGAUCAACACCGGCGCGGACGGCCUGCAGCGGCUCGACUACGUGGUCCAGUCCGCCGAGAAGCGCGGCGUCAAGCUGAUCAUCAACUUCGUCAACAACUGGGACGACUACGGCGGCAUGAACGCCUACGUCAAGGCCUUUGGCGGCACCAAGGAGGGCUGGUACACCAAUGCCAAGGCCCAAGACCAGUACAAGAAGUACAUCAGGGCCGUCGUCAGCCGCUACGCCAACUCGCCCGCCGUGUUCGCCUGGGAGCUGGCCAAUGAACCCCGCUGCAAGGGCUGCAGUACGGACGUCGUCUACAAGUGGGCGACCGACGUCUCGGCGUACAUCCGCAGCCUGGAUCCGAGCCACAUGAUCACGCUGGGUGAUGAGGGCUUCGGCCUGCCCGGCGACACGACGUACCCGUACGGGUACAGCGAGGGCGUCGACUUUGUCAAGAACCUGGGCAUCAAGAACCUGGACUUUGGAACGUUCCAUAUGUAUCCCGACAGCUGGGGAGUCCCGUACAGCUUUGGUGACGGCUGGAUCAAGAACCACGCGGCGGCUUGCAAGGCGGCCGGCAAGCCUUGUGUCCUCGAGGAGUACGGCGCCUACGCACGCUGUGACAUCCAGAAGCCCUGGCAGCAGAGUUCACUCUCACUCGCCACUCAGGGGAUGGCAGCCGAUAUGUUCUGGCAAUGGGGUGACCAGCUGAGCACGGGCCAGACGCACAAUGACGGGAACACAGUCUACUAUGGAUCCGCCCUUGCGACGUGCCUGGUGACCGAUCAUGUCACGGCUAUCAAUGCUGCUUCAUAGUUGGGUACGGUAGCGAGCGUAUAGUGAAAAGCCGGUCAGGCGCUCUAUGACGGCAAGCCGAUUCCCUUCAGGUAGCGUACCCGACGGCAAUCAGUUGACGCGCCAUGCUGGACAGCUUGAGUUGA